AUGGUGUUGGGAUUCAUUGCGAGCGUCGAAGGGCACACUGUUGCGAAAAAGUUUGUUUAUUUGGCAAAGGUGAAACAUUCACAACGUAUGAACGACUCUUUGAGUCCUAUCUUGAUUAUCACAGAAUGAGAGGGAAGGCUGGACUGGCAGAAUCUUGCUCUCAUAUAGCCAGCAUUUUAUUUUAUCUCAAGGCCUGGACAAAGAUAAAUGGUCGGCUUUCAUGUACCCAAGUCAAAUACACAUGGCUUUUGCCAUUGUAUGUCAAGCAAGUCGACUAUGCCAGGGUUCAUGACAUAAACUUUACAUCAGCAAAGAAGAUGAAAUUUGACUUGGAUGCGAGCAUUGACAAUGUUCCAAAUGAUUCCUUUCCUGAG